GCGCGCCGGGAGGGAGGCGGCGGCGGCAUGGCCCGGGGACCCUGGGGCGUCGGCAUCCCUCUAGGCCGCCUGCUGCUGCUGCUGCUGCUGCUGCUGCUCAGCCUAGCCCGAGGCGCGCCCCGAGCGUGGAGCCAGGACGAUUUCCAUUCGGAUAUCUGUGCCACUUGCCAUGAACAUGCUACCUGCUUGAAAAGAGAAAGGAUGAGCAUCUGUAUCUGCAAAUAUGGAUUUGUGGGCAAUGGGAGGACUCAUUGUAUUGAUAAAGAUGAGUGCCAGUUUGGAGCCAGUGUGGUCUGUGGGAACCAUACAUCUUGCCACAACACACCCGGAGGCUUUUAUUGCAUUUGCCUAGAAGGAUAUCGAGCCACAAACAACAACAAGACAUUCAUCCCCAAUGACGGCACCUAUUGCACAGACAUAGAUGAGUGUGAGGUUUCCAGCCGAUGCAGGCAUGGAGGGCGGUGUGUGAACACUCGUGGGAGCUAUGAAUGCUAUUGUAUGGAUGGAUACUUGCCAAAAGGUGGACCUGUGCCCUUCCAUCCUACCAGAGAUGCCACGUUAUGCACAGAAAUAGACUGUGGGACCCCUCCUGAGAUUCCAGGUGGCUAUAUCAUAGGAAAUUAUACCUCUAGGCUUGGCAGUCAGGUUCAUUAUGCUUGCAAAGAAGGAUUCUUCAGUGACUCAGAAGAUACAGUUUCCAGCUGCACUGCCAUGGGUACAUGGGACUCCCCCAGAUUAAACUGCCAAGAGAUUGACUGUGGCCGCCCUCCAGAAGUGCAGCACGCGAUCCUAGAGGGGAAUCACAGCUCCAGACUGGGCAGUGUGGCUCACUAUGUCUGUCUAGAGGGCUUUGAGAGCCCUGGAGGAAAGGUCACUUCCGUUUGCACAGAGAAGGGCACCUGGAGAGCAAGUGCUUCGUCAUGCUCAGAAAUAAUUGUAGAAAUUAAUGAGGUGUCAGUGUUUAAUAACACCUGUGUGAGGUGGCAAAUAAACCCAGGAAGAAUAAACUCCAAGAUCGAAUAUGUGAUACACAUAAAAGGACAGCGGUUGGACCCCCUGGAAUCAGUUCAUGAGGAGACAGUUAAUUUGACCACAGAGAGCAGGACCCCAGAAGUGUGCCUAGACCUGUACCAGGGCACCAACUACACCGUGAACAUUUCUACAGCCCCUCCCCGACGCUCCGUGCCAGCCGUCAUUGAGUUCCAGACAGCUGGGGAUGAUCUCUUAGAAGAUGAUGGGAUUUUCAAUAUUUCAAUAUUUAAUGAAGUUUGCUUGAAAUUGAACAGGCAUUCUAGGAAAGUUGGAUCAGAACAAGUGUAUCAAUUUAAAGUUCUAGGUCGAAGGCGGUAUCUGAAUACUUUUUAUCACACAACAUCGUUUAACUUUACUACGAGGGAACAGACGGCAGUGGUGUGCUUAGAUCUGUAUCCAGCAACUGACUACAUGGUGAAUGUCACUCUACUGGGAUCUCCGGAGUGGCCGUCAGUGCAAACAACAGUAACCACCGCACCAGCAGUACAACAAACCAUCAGUAACAUUUCAAUAUUUAAUGAAACCUGCUUGAGAUGGAGAAGUAUGAAGACAGCUGAUAUAGAGGAGAUGUAUUCAGUCCACAUUUGGGGCCAGAGAUGGUAUCAGAAAGGAUUUGCCCAGGAAAUGAUCUUUAAUAUCACUGCCAGCAGUCAGACUCCUGAGACGUGUUUGGACCUGAGUCCAGGUACCAACUACAGUGUCAGCAUCCAGGCUUUGUCUUCUGAACUUCCUGUGGUCAUCUCCCUGACAACCCAGAUAACAGAGCCUCCCCUUCCGGAAGUAGACUUUUUCACUGUGCAUGGAGGGCCUCUGCCACGCUUGCGACUGAGGAAAGCCACAGAGAAAAAUGGACCCAUCAGUUCAUAUCAGGUGUUAGUGCUUCCCUUGGCCCUCCAAAGCACAUUUGAUUGUGAUUCUGAAGAGGCUGCUUCAUUCUUUAGCAAAGCUUCUGAGGCCAGUGGAUACGUGACGGCAGAACUGCUGGCCAAGGAUAUUCCUGAUGAUGCCCUGGAGAUAUCUAUUGGAGACAGGCUGUACUAUGGGAAAUAUUAUAAUGCACCCUUGAAAACAGGGCACGAUUACUGCAUUAUAUUACGAAUCACAAGUGAAUGGAAUGAGGUGAGAAGAAGUGCCUGUGCAGUCUGGGCUCAUGUAAAAGGUUCAUCGCUCACGCUCUCGCUGCCUCAGGUGCUGGGCGUUGGGCUGGGCUCCGUGGCCGUCGUGAUUGUCCUCGCAUCCCUCUCCUUCUCAGCAGUGUGAUCGCCGGUGGGCACUGUGUGAAGGGGACGCUCUGCCGCUGGAGCAGAUGGCGUGGCAGCUUCUCAGGGGUCUGCGCAGAGGCCCCGUGUGUGCGUGGACCUGCAGUCCCAUUCCUAGAUUCAAGACGGUCACUAUCUCUUUGGCAUCCCCCCAAGGAGGACACUCAGGAAUUGCUGCUGUCUUCCUUGUAUCUCUGAACCUGAGAACCUUGAUAUACUGUGUGAUAUUGACCCCAGGCUGCAGGUCACGUGGGCUGGGCCUGUGUUCUCCUCCAAGUGAUGCCUGAGAGUCUCUGCCUCUUCCUUCAGAGCAUCUCUGUAUGAAUUCAGAAUCUGUUCUUUUACAAUAAGUAAUGACAUACACAGGCUUCCCUUAUAGCUCAAUUGGUAAAGAAUCUGCCUGCAGUGUAGGAGACCCAAGUUUGAUUCCUAGGUUGGGAAGAUCCCCUGGAGAAGGAAAUGGCAACCUACUCCAGUAUUCUUGCCUGGAGAAUCCCAUGGUCAGAGAAGCCUGGCAGGCUACAGUCCAUGGGGUUGCAAGAAUAAGACACGACUUAGCGACUGUAUCACCACCAAUGAGAUGCAUUGAGAUGUGGGCUAGAGUUUGACUGUAGGAGGGACGUCAGUGCAAAGGAUAGAGAUCAUGACUGAGGCAAACGUGUCAGACACUUUAGAAGCACCCCUUUUCCUGCAGUUAGUGACCCACUAACUAGAAAGCAUGCUAGCCUGGGACCUCCCUGGUGAUCCAGUGGUUAAGACUCCAUGCCUCCACUGCAAGGGGCAUGGGUUCAUUCCUGGUGGGGGAACUAGGAUGUUGUGUGGUGUGGCCAAAAUGAAUAAAUAAAAUGUUUUAAAAUACUGAAAAAAGGGAAGAAAGAAAAAGUAUACUAUCCUGGCCACUCCGGUAAGUUCCUUGCAGUGUCUGGUAGGCAGCCAUUGCUUUGCUGCAGUUCCCUUUGUCUUAUAUGUAUUCAAAAGCCAUGAGUCUUCUUCCAGUAAAAAAAUAUUCUGUUAACUUAGCUCUCAUCUGCAUGAACAUUUAUAGCAGCCUUGAUUAAAUUUUUUAUCACUGCUUCCUAAAAAUGUGCUUUAGAUUGAGGGUUCGUGUGAUAACAAUAGGUCGCAAUAGUAUGAAGCCCGUGGCCAGAGCCUCUGUGUUUACAGGAGAGGGGAACAAUGUGGUUGACAUGAUCCUGCGUUUCAUCUACAACGUCAGUGACUACGAGUGUUACUUUAUCACUAACCAUGACACAUUAGGUGUUAAGCAAUCUUGGGCCCGUUGUCAAUAUGCUGAAUUGACGGAUAGAGUGGAUUCGAUUUGACUUUUGAAGCUUGAAUCAGUGUUCCUGAACUUUCCUCCCUAAACUACAGGGUAACUCCAAGGCUCAGCAAGUCAGGAAGGGAGAAGGACAGAGCCUUGUGGCUUCUCUAAGGGACAGUGGUGUCCUCUUCCACCUUCUCCCUUUCUCUCCAGGCCUGGAGAAUAGAGAACUUGGGAAGAAGGUGGGGGGCUUAUUGCCCAACAUAGAUGAAUGUGGUCCUAGAAUUGGGCAGCACUGGGGUCCUAAAGAAAAGGGACAGCCUUUCUAAUGUGGUGGGCGGGCACAUGCUUCACUGGCUCCCUGGGCAUCAGUGAGGGGCACAUCUGAGCAGCCUGGGCUUGUGGGCUGAUGAGGAGACAUGGGCAGAAAUAGAACAGGUGAAAGCUCUCUAUGAAGCUGCUCCCGGCCCAAGGCAUAUCUUCUCAAUUGCGAAGAGUCAGAGAGAGUGAAGUGGUACCGAGAUGCUUGGGUUUUCAAGGUCAGCUGUCGGCCAUGCCCCUGACCAGUACUGGACAGUAUUAGGAAUAGUUGUCCUUUGUCCUGAGGUACCAGCUCAGACUACAACUUAGGAUCAACAUGAGAACCACGCCUGCCCUCAUCUCAGGUGAACUGUAGAGUAGAACUCUCAACAGACUAAUACAAACAGCUUCCUACUUUUAAUUUUUAUGUGCAGUAAUUCACAUUUAGACUGUUUUCACAGCUCUUGGGUGAAUUUCGGGAAUCAUUACAAAUUCUUGCAGUUAGUAUUGAGUAAGGUCUCUGAUGAGUAAGGAUUUCCCUCCAAAGCCCUCUGUGUUCAAAGAAUCUGAGCCUCCUCCCCUCAUUAUUAUCUAUUGCCAGUUCUGUGAAUACCGUAUGUUUCUGUAGUUCCCCCUAAUUUCCAGUUCUCAAAUUAACUGCCAAAGAAGCUUCGGUUGUCCAUAUGGGAACUUAGCAUAACUGUCGUUGAAAGGAAGAAAUCCCAUUUGCUUGGUGUCAAAAGUGUCUGCCUAAAACAACUAACGAAAUACGAAGUAAAAUGUACUUCUGGGUACGUGCAGAAACGUAAAAGCAGUUCAUGAAAGGGUACUGAAAUAGCAAAAACAUAGACUUUGCUGCUUCUUCUGAAUGUUCCAGAUUAUAACACAGAACUGCUUGGUGUUAAUACUUAACAGAAGCAGGUGCUGAACAUUUGCAAAAAAGAUGCACCAUUUUCCUGCAGUUCUUUCCUGACCAUUUUCUCAUACACAUGAAGGCAGCUUUAAGUUCUCUGAAUUUACCUGCUUAGGUUUACCACAGCACCAUCCUUUUUUCCCCAAGCGGAUUCCUGGCUAAGGCAGGAGAGCAUCACAGGAGACCAAGGGUGAGUCUUCCUGUAAGCAUUCAGCAUCCUUCUGUCGAAAGAGUUGAGGGCCACUAAAUAAAGCUUGGUCCUCAAGUAGAGAUGGAGAAAGGCUCUUUUCUUAAUUCACAGUCUUGGUGACAGUGUAUAGAGGAGAGUGCUAAGAUUUAGUCUUGAGUGCCCUGCUAAAUUAAAAAUAAAAAUUGGAGGGUUACCCAGAUAUUGGACAGUUUGUUUCCUGGCUGACUUUUUGUUUUUGUUUUUGGUGCCCAUAGUUUUUAUUUAUCUCCACCAUAGUUUUUGUUUAUACAUGUUCUUUCAUUCCAUCCUCACAGCAGUUUUCUGUGAUGGGAAGCUUGGGGGUUAUCAUCUCCCCAUUUCAAAAUGGAGAGAUAGGUUCUUACAGAUACGUAACUUCAGUUGUGGGGCCAAAUAUUCUGGCAGGAAGUCCAGUUCUCAUUUGGGAUUUGAAGGACCAUUUGAUUCUUGGGAGAGUCAGGUUUUUAUAUUUCCAAACCAUGUAUAUAUAUAUAACAAUAUAUAUACUGUUAUUGCCUUUAAUAUUGUAGCACCUGUGCCUCUUUAUACUUAUUUUUUCACUGUAGAUACCUUCCCUCACCACUUCUAGACAGAGCCAUAAAAAAAAACAAAAUAGAUGGAGGUUAAUUAGGGGAAAUAGGUAAUUGUCCACCCAUAACUCCAGACCUAUAAUUGCAUCUGGGCCCUUUAAGAUGAAAACCAGAGCAGAACUGAUUAUCUUUGACACUCCGCAGUAGAUUGGAAAAAAGUUAAUGUUUAAAUUGAUUUUAAAGGAAGUGAAAAUAGAAUUCUCAAGGCUCCCUUCAUAUUGCUAACUGAUAUUUUGAUUUCCUAAACCCUUAAUUUUUCCAUUUGAUUCACCAAAGAGAAAGCCAGUAGUAGUAGAAGUCAAUCCAAUGGUAUUUUUAAGGACUGUUUGCCUCCUACAGCCUUUGUUGGUUAAACUCAAGUGCUCAGUUUUGGAGAGGAAAGAGGGUGUGCCUUUUUGUGUGUCUGUGGGCAAGUGAUUCAGUGAGGCAAAUCAGUUUUAAGAAGAGUGCGUGCCCAUUGUCUCAGAGAGAAUGAAUGAGUCAUUUUGGUGAUAUAUGUGUGUGUGUGUGUGGAUAUGGUUAUGUUUCCAUAUCCAUACUUUGUGGGCACAAUUAAGGGUUACCAAAGCGGUGUCAAGCAAGGCAUAUGGUUUCUAACAUGCUUCUUUUCCAUCAACAUAUCCUGGCCACAUUUUUUUUAUGUCAAUAGUAACAGCAUUAAAAGUUGGCACCAUAAUUUAUUUAACCAAUACUCUGUUGUGUGUUGUGCAUUUAGAGUGUUUUCAGAUGUUUACUAUCUUUAUAUGCCUCUAUAUAGUUGUAUACGAUUAUCAUUCAUGCUAAAUUCCUAGACGCGAAGUUGUCAGAAUGAAAACUGUAUGCAUUUUAGAUUUACUACGUAUUAUCAGAGAAAUCUCAAAGAAAGUUUAUGCCAGUUUAUGCUCUCACAGGCAGGAAGCCUCAACACAAGCGGCAUCAUUGAUAUCCUUAAUCUUGAUUAAUCUGGUAGGUGGAAAAUGACUGUCCAAUGCUUUGUUCGCAUUUCUCUGUUUUGCAUGCUGAUGGUCCUUUGUAAUUCUGUUGGGGUGCCUUUUUUUUCCUCAGUAGUUGGUUUGAAUCUUAUAUUGAUUUGAAAAGGCUCUAUAUUAUGGUAAUUUUCACUCUUAACUGUCGCCUAUGUUGUAAACACAUUUUCUACUUUAUCAUUUCCCUUUUGACCUUGUUUGUGUCGUACAUUGCCACACAAAAGCUUUAAAUCUGUGUAGUCAAUUAUAUCAGUCUUUUUUCUUAUGUAUUUUGCCCUGGAACCAUGCUUAGAAGGACCUUCCAAUCUCAAGAUAACAACUGUAAUUCAGCAGUUUAAAAAAAAUUUAAGUCUUUAAAUGUUCUGAAAUUUAUUUUAGUAUAAGGAGUGAGGUUGGGAGGGGUCUUUUUUUAUUUUUAUUGUUGCUAAAUGGUUUAGCCACUUGUUCUACGCAUAUUCCUUGACUGCUGUUUUUUUCUCUGGCGAUUUGACUCAUAUACUGAAUUAAAUACCAGAGUCUAUUUCCGAACGUUCUCUUUUGUUGUACUAAUUUAUCUCUAUGCGGAUACCACCUGCUUUGAGUUUAAAAUAGGUUUUUGGUUUUUUUAAUAUCAAGUAAAAAUGAGUUACCACCCUUUUUCUGUUAAUUCUCAAAGUAUCCUCAGGUUUUAUUAUAUAUUUAUUCAUGUAUACAUAUUUAUUAUAUGUAAACUAAAGAAUUAUUUGGUUCAAUUCCUCCCCCCCAGAUCUUCAUAUUUUUCUUGGAGAUGUAUUAAAUAAAGAGUACUUCUAUCCCA